AUGGGUUCCCGGCACUUCCCCGCCCGGACCGUGCUCUUCGAGAAGGAGUCCAACGGCGUCACGUACCGCGUACCUGCCCUGCUCUACCUGCCCUGUGUGGCCAAGCUUCUGGCUUUCGCGGAGGAGCGGCUGAGCGCCGAUGAUGCCCACGCCAACCUGCUGGUGCUGCGCCGCGGCACCGUCUAUGGGAGCUACGUGGAGUGGGAAGACAUGCGUGUGCUGGAGACGGCGACGCUGCAGCACCACCGGUCGAUGAACCCCUGCCCGCUCUACGACGAGUUCACCGGCACCCUCUUCCUUUUCUUCAUCACGGUGCUGGGCAGGACGCCCGAAGCCUACCAGAUCGUCACCGGCCAAAACGUCACCCGCCUCUGCUGCGUCACCAGUGCUGACCAGGGCCUGAGCUGGAGCACGGCCAUGGACCUGACGCAGCAGGUCAUUGGCGGGGCCAUCAAAGACUGGGCAACAUUUGCGCUGGGCCCCGGGCACGGGAUCCAGCUGCGGUCCGGCCGGCUGCUGGUGCCCGCCUACAGCUACCACAUCGACUGCAAGGAGUGCUUCGGGCAGCUCUGCAAGACCACCCCUCACUCCUUCGCCUUCUACAGCGACGACCACGGCCGGGGCUGGCGCUUCGGCGAGUUCAUCCCCAACCUGCAGACGGGCGAGUGCCAGCUGGUCUCGGUGGACGAGGAGGACGGUUCCAACGUCCUCUACUGCAACGCCCGCAGCCCCUUGGGCUACAGGGUCCAGGCACUCAGCACGGACGACGGGGCUGUCUUCCAUGGGGGGCAGCUGGUCCAGCGGCUGGUUGAGCCCCCCCAUGGCUGUCACGGCAGCGUCAUCGGCUUUCCCGCACCUUUCGUGUAUGUCCCUGCUGUCCCCCAGGGCUCAGCUCGUCAGCUGCUCCCCGGGAUGCUCCCCAGGUUUCGGCACUUGCCCGCCCAGCCGGCAGCGGGGCAUGACAGCCAUGCCCACAGCAUCGCCUCGGUCCGAGGGGACCCUGCGGUGACCCCCAGCCCCGCUCCCUUCUUCCAAGCGCCGACGUGGGUCCUCUACUCCCACCCCACCAGCUCCAUGUCACGGGUCAACAUGGGAAUUCACCUGAGCACCUUCCCCAGGGAUGUGGAAAGCUGGACCGAGCCGUGGGUCAUCUACGAGGGCCCAAGUGCUUACUCAGACCUGGCUUACAUGGAGCUGCCCUACAACGAGGUCUCCAUCUCUGGUAGCCCAGCCAUCGCUUUCGCCUGCCUCUACGAGAACGGGACACGGUCGCCCUACGAGCAGAUUUCCAUCAGCAUGUUCACACUGCACGAUGUGCUCCAGAACAUCCCCCUGACAGCCACUGCUCCCCGGCGGGACGGUGGCCUCCCACGCCGCAGGAAGCAGGGGCGAAGGAAUUGCCGUGUCUCCUAG